UCAACUUGUUUGCAAGAACCUUUGCUCCAACCAAUUCCUUGGCUUGAAUUGCAUUGUACUGCUAGAUAAGGUCAGCAUCACCUGCAAGCGAAAAAUUUGAAUUUUCGCUUCUUCAUAAAGUCCUUUUUUAGUCUUUGAUUUCCAACCUGGUUCAUUACUCUUCCCAAAGAGUAAAAGAAAUGAGACUCGGCAGUCAGUAGGAGUUUUUGAGCUCCCAACCACACCUCUCUUAACCAUGAAAAGUCAUUUCUUGGAUAUACAUUUCUCCUAGUCUCAGUUUAACCAAUUUCUUUUUGUGGAAUUUUCAAAACUGCCAACCUAUAAAAGACAACAACAUCUAUUUUUAUAUAUUCUACUUAGCUAUCUUGGCAGCUCUGUUUCUCUUCUUCAUUCGCCUCAAGAAUAUGCCAGGUUUUUUGUAGGUAACGACAUAAAAAUUAACUUCUGACAACCCCAGAUGAUUAGGAAGCUUUUAGGUAUUACUUUUUAAAUCCCUUCAAUCAGCUUGAACAGUUUACAUUUACUUUUCUAUCAAGAGACAGAAAGAGUGGUUGGUUUGGUUACCUUGGUGCGCAUAACAGUGGUUAAAACGUGGUUUGUAACAACAAAUACAUAAAGGUCUUGUGUUUUCCAAACCGAUAGUCCAACACUGACCCUGGGGAAACAGAUUUAUAUAGUUGAGAGAAAAGAAUUCUUGAUUCACAGUUACAAGCAUGGAAGUGGAAAUCCCAGCUGCAGCUGUAAAAGAAUCUGAGCAACAGAAGUUUGCUCUACCUGUGGAUUCUGAAAACAAGGCCACCGAGUUCAGAUUGUUUUCCAUAGCUAAACCCCACAUGAGAUCUUUUCACCUAUCGUGGAUCUCUUUUUUCUCAUGCUUUGUGUCUAGCUUUGCUGCUCCACCCCUCCUUCCCAUUAUCCGGGACAACCUGAACCUCACAGCUACUGACAUUGGAAAUGCUGGUGUUGCAUCAGUUUCCGGUGCAGUAUUCGCAAGAAUUGCAAUGGGAACAGCUUGUGACUUAGUUGGACCACGCUUGGCCUCUGCAUCACUCAUCCUCCUCACAGCACCAUUUGUGUACUUCACUUCCAUCAUCAACUCAGCCACCUCGUACCUCCUUGUCCGUUUCUUCACCGGCUUCUCCCUGGCCACCUUUGUCUCCACACAGUUCUGGAUGAGCUCUAUGUUCUCUGCUCCGGUGGUCGGUUCGGCAAACGGAUUUUCCGGCGGAUGGGGCAACCUUGGAGGAGGAGCCACCCAACUCAUCAUGCCCCUUGUCUUCUCCGUCAUCCGUGACAUUGGCGCUAGCAAAUUCACAGCAUGGAGGAUUGCAUUCUUUGUCCCUGCCAUGUUCCAGAUGCUCACGGCAUUUUCAAUCCUGAUAUUUGGGCAGGACAUGCCCAAUGGAAACUUCCAGCGGUUGAAGAAGUCAGGGGAGAAAGCAAAAGACGAAUUCUCAAGAGUGGUGUAUCAUGGGAUCAGUAACUACAGAGGGUGGAUUCUGGCGUUGACUUACGGCUACUGCUUUGGGGUGGAGUUGACCAUAGACAACAUCAUAGCUGAAUACUUCUAUGACAGGUUUAAUCUGAAACUCCACACUGCAGGAAUCAUUGCUGCAAGCUUUGGGUUGGCUAACUUGUUUUCUAGACCUGGUGGGGGUUAUAUAUCAGAUGUAAUGGGAAAGAGGUUUGGCAUGAGAGGGAGGUUGUGGGCUUUAUGGCUGUGCCAAACCUUGGCUGGUGUCUUCUGCAUCAUCCUUGGCCUUGUCGGAUCUUUAGGUGUAUCCGUCCUUGUUAUGAUCAUAUUCUCUAUCUUCGUCCAAGCUGCAUGUGGAAUGACCUUUGGGAUUGUUCCCUUUGUCUCAAGAAGGUCAUUGGGGGUGAUAUCUGGAAUGACAGGAGGAGGAGGCAAUGUGGGUGCAGUUGUGACCCAGCUAAUUUUCUUCAAAGGAUCCAAGUUUUCAAAAGAAAGAGGAAUAACUCUAAUGGGAGUGAUGAUCAUAAUAUGCACUCUGCCAAUAUGUUUAAUCUAUUUUCCACAAUGGGGUGGAAUGUUUUGUGGUCCCUCGUCUAAGAAGAUCACGGAAGAAGAUUACUACUUAGCUGAGUGGAACUCAAAGGAGAAGGGGAAAGGGUCCCAUCAUGCAAGCUUGAAAUUUGCCGAUAACAGCAAAAGUGAAAGAGGCAAAAAACUGAAUGCAUCAACAGAACCUUCUGAGGAGAUCUAACCUCUCGCUUCCUCAAUUUGUUAAUCCUUCUAUCUUCACUCAAGCCUCACCAUAAAGUUUGUCAUAUCAAAUCAAUGCAUGUUUCUAUAUUUGCUGCAUAAUGAAGUUUUUUGAAAUGGUUUCCAAGGUUUGCUUUGAAAACUUAGUCACUAUUGCCAUAGUUUCACACCACUACUCCACUUUUAAACUCUGGACAAAUGGGUUACUAUCCUCAUUAGCCAUGGGUUUAAGCUAAAAAGAGGAGGGUUAUGUCUACAAAAGUUAAGGUAAUUAAUGUGAUAGGCUCUUCUUUUUGCCAUAAAAUUCAAAAUUCAACUGCUAAUUCACCUCUA